CCAUCAAUUUCCCGCCGCAUCGGCCAACAAACAACCUUCUUCAGAGCAACCUCACGCCCCCAACAAUCAUGCCUAUUCCUGAUGCCUCGAUUUUUCAAUCACACUCCUUUACUCUACUUUAAUGUUCCUUCAAUUUCUUUUCUGCCGUCUUUUGGUGCUGCUCGUCCCGCUGGCCGUGACGAGCAGCCUGUAUCUUUACUUGUAUCCGGUCGUCCAUGGCUGCGCCUUUCCCCUGCCGCAUGAUGACUCUCACUCUUUCUCGGAUGCCUUUCUAGCCACUUUGCAACAGCAUAUACCCAUAGACGCUGAGCCCGCACCGGCAGCACCCCUUCGGCUCCUCGUCCUUGCAGAUCCCCAACUCGAGGGAGACAGCUCGCUACCCAAGCCGGAGAGUGAGCUGUCCGCGCGUUUGCGACACCACUGGGGGGAGAUCCGGGCUGCUUUGACCGCACCAAGAUCUUCUCCUCUGAAUUCGACCUCGACCACUGCUGCUGCUGCUGCUGCUGCUGAGUCAGAUACCUCUGAAUCUCCGUCUAGCGAGACCUCCUCGCCCGACUCGGAACCUACCACCAACCCCGACAACACCACCACCACCACCACCAACAACACCCUCUCAGAACGAGCCCCCCUCCUCAAGCUCAACCUCCCCGCGACACAACAAGCCAUCACAACGGCCCUCCAGACCCUCCUCCAGACCGACCUCCCGCGCAGCCUAAAAGCAGCCCGCAAACGCCUGGACCUCCUGGGCAACGACUACUACCUGGCGCACAUCUACCGCACGCUACACUGGUGGACGCAGCCGACGCACGUCACGGUACUGGGCGACCUAAUCGGCAGUCAAUGGGUCAGCGACGAGGAGUUCCAACGACGGGGCACGCGGUACUGGGAGCGAGUAUUCAAGGGCGGGGUCCGGGGCGAUUCAUUCGUGCCUUCUCCUCUAUCAUCAUCUUCGCCUGAUGACAACACCCUCGCCCUGAACCCCACAACCCAACCCUCAGCCUGGACAAACCGCAUCCUGAAUAUAGUAGGCAACCACGACAUCGGCUACGCAGGCGAUGCGCGCGCCUCACGCAUUUCCCGCUUCGAAUCCACCUUCGGCCUCGUCAACUGGGACGUGAAAUUCUGGCUUAACAUCACCACCUCCUCUUCUUCCGCCCCCGAGACAAAUGAACUACAACCCCCAAGAAUCCACAUCAUAAACCUCAACUCCCUAACCCUCGACACCCCGGCCUAUAGCCCCGACAUCCAAACUGCCUCCUACGAGUACCUCAACACCCUGAUCACGGAGCGCCUGGCCCCCGUGACAGACCGUCGAACCUUCACGUUAUUGCUCACACAUCUCCCGUUGCAUAAGCGGGAAGGGGUCUGUGUAGAUGCGCCGCUCUUUCGGUUUUUUGAAGAGGAUGAUAUUGACGCCCAGGAGGAGGAAAAGCGGUGGUUUCAGGGCGGUCUGCGCGAGCAGAACCAUUUGAGUGAGUGGGUGAGUGGCAAUGGCGUUUUGGAGGGAUUCAGACGCCAAGGGUGAGGGUGAGAAGGAGGAGGCCUCGAACGAAGCAGAGC